GUUUUAGGCGAAGCAGCGAAGAAAAAACAAUUCAAUCCACUCAUGCAAAUUUUUAGUUUUUCAGGCAUAAAACAGUAUCCAAAUUAGUAAGCAACCACAAAAAGCGAGCAAAUUAAACAAUAAACAUUAAAAAUAUUGCAAAACGGGAAAAUAUAAAUUGGUUGUUAAUUUAAUGUGGUAAAAAUAGCAAGGUGUUUUUGAUAACCGGCACGGUUUUGUCGUAGGUUUUGGAUUUUUUUCUUCAAUAGCUUAUGCGCAGUACAGAGCUGGAAAGUGGAGAUAAAGUCAAAAGUCAGUAAACAGAACACAUCAAAAAGAAGCAGUUGAAAAAGCAGACGGAAUUUAGCUUUUGUCAAAUGGUUUGUGGAAAAACACUAGAAAUUUUCGCUGAAAAUUUUCUGAAAUACUGCAAACGAAAAAUGAAUAAAUGCGUAUAGAAUAAUUUUGUGCAUACAUUUCAUAGAAAGAAUAGAGCGUGUUUGGUACACGAAGGACACAGAAAGGACAAUUGGUGAAAAUCUGUGAAACAUCUGAAGACGAUCCCAGUUCCCUACAUCAAAUUUGUCUAUGUGAAACAGACAGAUUAUUGCUUUUUCAUUCACUCAGUAUUUUCGACGUUCAUUACAUUACGUCGCGUAAACUAUAGAGGCUGGCUACACAAGAAGAGAUACAAUAUUUUAAGAAAAUUAUUUAAUAUCUCUCGUCUUGCUAUUUUAGUAUACAUAUAAAGCAAACAAAGCCAAAAGACAACAUUCCAAGUGUAAAUUUGAAACAAAAAAAAAACAUUCACAACUGAUUCGUGAAGUACAAAAACAAGAAAACACACACCGAAAACAAAAAGAAAACGUAAAGCGUCCAUACAAUAGAUUUUGGUCAAUUCAUAGGCAUACAAACCACAACGAUAGUAGGCGUUUUAAAAGCAACAAAAUAAAUAAUAACAACGAAGAUAUACACGGUGACUGCGUGUAGAGAAAAAUCACAACAACCAAUAACAUCAAUAGUCAGCAAUUGUCGCCCGCGCAAGAUACUCCAUUAGUUCGCAGUUUCUGCAUAAAGGCGAACUGAUUUUUUUUCAUUUCCUUGUUUGAGCGUUUAACGCUAAAAAAGCUUUCACCACGUCUCAGGGAGAAGAUAUGGACAUUGAUUCCACUCCUGUGCCACCACCACAGGAGUACUCAGAUAACCCAGCAGGCUAUCAGUCGGAAUCAUCAAUGAAUUUUGAUUAUUUGCACGGUCUAAAUGACGCUGCGGCAAGGGCGUCAUCAUCAGCAUCAUCACUAGGCGGUCAUGUAAGCUUUCCGGAAACGUCACGGCACUUUAGUGACCUUGCUGGCGGUGGUAUAGAUGUAAAUGCUUCAUCAACGCAGAGCUAUGGAUAUGUGGACGACAGUAAAGCAUUGGACAGGCCCUUUAACCUUAACGAAAGAUUUGUUUCAGUGUUAGAUCAGUUGGAUGCGCGCGUCGAGAAAUUCCGCAAAGAUGCCUUGGGCUUGCAGGAAAAGAAAGACUUUCUACUCAUGUCCAUUGAUUUGAUCAAGAGUCACGAUAUGCUGCAUUCCAUGAUGGAGGCGGAACGUGAGGAAAUCUUCUGCUACAUACAACGAGUUAACGCGCGUCUCUCCACCGUCGAUUUAUUGGUACAUACGGUGCGCGAUCGUUCGCAGGAGGAUGCGCUCAGUCAAAUCAAUGCACUGAUCGAUAUGAUGAUUACUAUUGGUGACCCAGUGUUGUCACGCCAACGUUGCCAACAAUACCUGAAUGCUUGCUGCAGCGCAGCGGAAGCGUCAUCAUCGUACGAAUAUGGUGUGGAUAUGGAUGCUGGGCCGGUCGAUAAGAAAUUCGAGAGCGCAUUAUUGGGCUGCACGCUCGACGAUCAAAAGAACAUUAAAAAGCGGUUGCAGGCUUUGAUGGGUUAUUUAAACAAACAGACAAUACGAAAUUGAGUUUAAUUUAUGAUAAAAAAAAUAUAUUAUAAUACAAAAAGUUGUACAAGGAGACAUUAGGCAUCUAAUUUAGUUUAAUGAAAGCCAAUUGUUGGGAUAUAGCUGCCACAAAACACGUGAAAGCCGCUAGUAAUGCGAGUUAUGCGCCGCAAGUAUAACAACAAAAUUGAAUUUUCGUGCAUUGUUUUUAUACGGCACAUAUCUUACAUAAGUACUUCUUUAAAACUUUUGUCACAAAUAUGAAAAAUGUUUUUUUUUUUUGGAUAUAUUACGCUCUAAUACUACCGUUGUAUUUUUUUUUAUUUUGGCUGAAUAAUUUGUAAACUUUCAAAUGCAUAACGUUGCCAUACCUAAAUGAAUUAGCACAGUUUUUGUAAAAGCAGAAUGAAAUACAAAAAUUUCACAAAAAAGUAAAACAA